CUUUUCCAGAGGACUGUGUGCUGAUUCUUAGUAUUGUGACAUUGUACAUCACGUCCUUCAUCUAAAAAAUGGCGGGUGUAUCAGAAGUUUGACCUUGUGAGCCUAGUUCUGUGGUUCUCUAGCUGACUUUGUUCUGUGGAUCAAUGUAAUGUCUGUUCCUCCCCCACCACCUCCGCUACAAAAUAAAUACACUCGACCACCUCCGAAACAGGUUUCCGAGUCUUCAGGACCAGCAUUUUUAGCUGAUAUCAAAGCCGGUAAAGCACUCAGAAAAGUUCCCGAUUCUGAGAAGAAGGAUAGAAGUGCCCCCUUAACAUCUAGGACAACAGAUCGUAACGAUGCAGGGAGUACCUCUGGUCUUGUUUCCACUUCUAAUGGAGGGUGUGCACCGACUGGUCUCCCUAAUCCUUUUGCGAAUGGAGCACCAAAAUUGAAGCCUGUUGGCUCCUUAGAUACUUCUCGUAAUCCAGCACCGAAUCCAUUCACAAAGCAAUCUGCGUAUGGAUAUGCGAAAAAUCCUGCACCACCACCUCCACCACCUCUAUCUGCCCCACCACUGUCUCCACCUCAAACACCAUCUGUAUUUCAGAAUGUUAUCCCUUCAGAUGUACCUUCAACAACACCUUGUGCAGUUUAUCAUCGUCCGAAUCUAGUGUCAAAUGGUAUUACAGCUAUUCGUAAUGGACCACCACCGCCUCCGCCACCACCACCAACUCCUGCUAGACCAUCGAUUUCCAGAAGUGAUUCUAAUUACCAUAGGUACGAUUCUUAUAGGAAGUCAUCCGUUGAAGUUAGCCAACCAAGCAAAAAUAUUAUGCCAAGCUCAGUACAAGCUGUCACACAUUCAUCUAUACCGAUAUCACCUACAACAGCGUCAGCAAUAAUGAAUGAUUACAAUAAUAACACCAAAAAUCACAGUGUUAGCGUUAAUAGUAGUAAUACUAAUGGGGAUAAUGCUGCUACACCUCCACCCUCAUCUGGACGGUCUCCGCGACGAAAGCAAAGUAGUUCGAAUCGUUACCAGAGAGUCGGUUCAACGAAUACAGAUGUAAAUGGUAUACCUAUUGGACAGUCAACUAAACUGAUACGUAUUUCAUCAGGUUUAAAUGGCAGUUCCAAUGAGCAAGCACCAUCGCCGGCUCCAUCAUUGCCGUCAUCAGUUUAUGAUUUGAGCGUGGUAAACUCACGUGCUCAUCCGACACCACCACCACCACCACCGCCACCACCAACAGCAGCACCUCCUUCAAUGAGUGAAUUCAUGAAUAACAAUACUAACAAUAGUAUAGCUAGCCUUAUUCGUCAUUUUGAAAGUCGUUUCAACUUUCCUGAUAUUGGAAACGUUCCUGUACCGAAACCUUAUCAUGGUCCUAAGACUUACCGAAGCCACACCAGUGGUAAUAUAAAUGAUGGACUUCGUACUCAAGUGCCUCAUAGAGUUGCUCCUUCAGCACCUAGAAAUUACUAACUAUCUCCUGCAGAUAAACACUAGAUAUGCGGAAUCUAAAUUCUACAGUUCAAUCUACAAUUUUACUAUUUCCACUGGAGUAUUAUCAGUUUAAUAAAACCGCUGGUCAGUUUUCUACUCUGAUUUGCUUAUUUUCGACUGUUUUCUGUCAAUUGAAAAAAAAACAAAAACAAACAUUUUUGUGCUUGUUUAUACUCUGGUACACAUGCCUGCAGCAUGCACACAUAUCCAUACCUUGAAGUGCCUUGAAGUUUUUGUUAGUAGUCUUAUACAAUUUUACUUGAAUGGUAAGAGUGAUGAUGAUGAUGAUGAUGAACAUAGACAUUUUCUAUCAUUUUCAACGAUUAUUUAUUUACCUUACCAUCUUUUUUUCUCCUUUAUGAUCAUGUAAUGACCCCCCCCCCCAUCGAUUCACUAAUCCAUUUGUUGUGAAGAAUUUUGGAUAAAUUUUGCCUGUGAUCCAGAUGUUGAAUUCUGUCUCCAUUUUCUCCCUUCUUUCUACACAAUAUGCAUAUUAAUUCAAUCUGACUGAUGAAAGAUGAUAACUACUUGGUAGUCUUUGGACCUUGUCAUAUUCUGAUUUAUUUUUACUAUAUCAUAACUCUUUUGUAUACGAUUAUCUAUUUCAGUAUUAUUAUUUAUUUAUUUUUCUCGCUAAGAAAAGUAUUUUGCCUAUUGUAAUAAUAUUAAUUUCAUAAUAAGAAAGAAAUACCUAAUGUUUGAUGGACAACCAGUUUGUUAACCGGAAAGAAGGAGAUUGUGUAAAAGUAAUUUUGAAGAGAAAAAAAAAAUACUUUUUCUGUUCAUCUUGUCUUUUGUUUUCGCGUAAAUAGAGCAUAGUUUUGAAGGUUUCUAGCUAGUUAGCUAGCUAGCUGGUUUUGUUAAUCAGUUCUGUUCGUUGUGUUUAGUUUUCUUCGUGUCUAAAUUUUGUGUUUCGCUUAUCGUUAUUGUCUUGAUUUCUCUCUUGUUGAGUGAAUGAAUGCUUAGUGAUGAGUGUUUGACAACAAUAAUAAUAAUUACUAUUACUUUUGUGUGAAUUCUGUUAGCCUGUAGUUUAUGAUUAUGCUUUCCAUUUUGCCUUUUCAAAUUGACUGAUUUGAAUAUCAGCUAGUGGUUGUUGGGUCUGAUCUUUUAAGUAUAAAAAUAUGUAACCCAGCUACUAUAUAUAUAUAUAUUCAAGUACACACUAGACAGU